UUUCCAGGAUGGCUCUGUUAUCACUGCUGCUCCCUCUGCUCUCCCUGCUCCCGGGGACCGGAGCCAACCGGCAUGCCGUGCACUGGAACAGCUCCAACUACCAUUUGCGUCGAGACGGUUAUACAGUGCAGGUUAACGUGAAUGAUUACUUGGACAUCUACUGUCCGCAUUACAACGAAACCAUGGCAGAACACAAGAUGGAGCAGUACAUCCUGUAUAUGGUGAACUAUGAGGGGUACCGCACCUGUAACAUCAGCCAGGGAUUUAAACGCUGGGAAUGUAACCGGCCGCAUGCCCCACACAACCCUAUCAAAUUCUCUGAGAAGUUUCAACGCUACAGCGCCUUCUCCCUGGGAUACGAGUUCCAUGCAGGACAUGAAUACUACUACAUCUCAACGCCAACUCAUAACCACAGACGUUCCUGUCUCAAGAUGAAAGUGUUCGUGUGCUGUGCAACCACUGCACAUUCAGGAGAGAAGCACUCCCCCACACUGCCUCAGUUCACGAUAGGACCUGAAGUGAAGAUUGAGGACCUCGAUAACUUCAAGCCUGAGAUCCCCAAAUUAGAGAAGAGCAUCAGUGGAACAAGUCCCAAAAGGGAACAUUUGCAUCUCACAGUGGCAGUGUCUCUUCUCCUAAUGACACUGUUAGCAUCCUAGUUUCCCAACGCUGGACUGAUGUGGAGGCCUUCAGAAUAAAAGCUAUAGACUCCAGAAUAAGAACAAAUGGUCCAUAACGAGCAGGUAGGGUCAGAGCUGGAUGCACAGACCCUUUCAUCAACCAUCUUAUCUCCUUUGCAACCUGCGGCACUGAAUAUGUUGUUAUCCAGGCCUCCGUCUCCUCACUUACCCACUGCCAAAUGAUCCUGAUGGGGCGAGGAGAAAGGCCAAAGCCUAGAGACCCGUACAUGUGUCCUACCAAGAGUGGGAGCUGUAGAGCGAGCUGUCAAGCUCCAUUUUAAUGCCCACCAUAGAGGGCUGUUUUUGUUUUAUUUUCUUUUGUUUGGUUGUUUUUUUUUUUUUACUUGAGUGCCUACACCCUCUUGGUUUCUGUAAGGACAAGAUGUUCUUUGAAUACUACAGAACCUUGGAGGAACAGCAGACCAUCGUGUUGGUUGGCCUUACCAUCCCAGAAACUGCUCCCUUCAUCUCACCUUGCCGCAAGUGUUUGUCACAAUACAUGGAUAAAUGUUCAGCCCAUCUCCAAAGCUGUGGUACCUGCAUUGUUUAUUUCAAGAGAUAUUUUGAGCCCUGUACUCUGUUGCUUGACAUUGUGGUAGCACAUCUUCCCUGAAGGAAUGCAGAGCCUCCUAUUGGCCACGCAAUUGCAGAUCGCCUUGCAUACCAAAUAUGCAGUGUCCAGCUGCCACUAUCCUGGCCACACAUGUAAUGACAUCCUUGUACUUUGUAUAUCUAUUACCCAACAUCUAACCACAUUAGCAAUCAAACUACACACAAACUGACCUAGCACGAUGGACGAGAGCGCUGGUUUACCGUUGAAGAUCCCUGAAAAAGUACCGUUCUGAUAAUGGAUUAUGUCCUCGAAAGUGGAUGAUUAGUGGCUAUUGUAUGCUCAAGAACAUCAAAGAAAAGGCCAGCAAUAAACAGCGCUUCAGGUUUUAUUAAUGUUUUUUAUGGUUAUCCUUUCCAUGUACUAAUGGUGCAUGUUUACGGAGAACGGACCCAAAGAAACACAAAAAUCGGUUCACUUGUGAACAGUCCCCCUCCCCCCAUGAUAUCACAUACAAAUGUAGCAGAACUUUAUAAAAUGUCUACUGAGAACUACGGUAGGAGUGGAUCACUACAUCAAGCUGUGAUCUCCCACUCUCUGGUGUGUUGUGAGCAGAACUGGGGGUCCUUUUUCUUUCCACACCACAACUAAUCACUAAUGCUGCAGCCGUGUCUCAGAACAUUAAUCUGCUGCCUUUCAUGCAUAAUGACCAGAUCCCUACAUGACAGGAUUAAACUCUGAUUAGAACAGGAUUUAGACACAUUACCCACCGCAUGAGAGAGUUAAAAGCAAGGUGCCCACGUAAAGUGUGUGGGGAAAGGGGGAGAAAGAAAAUGACUUGACCACCAGAUAAAAUUCAGUAAUGUCUUCUGGACCAGCAAGACUUAACCAUUCAUUUAACUCCCACUGAACCAUUCUCCAAACUGUAUUAAAGCAUAGUGUCAAAGAUCCGCCUUAGUGAUGGUGUCUAUUCUAAGUAGAGGAAGAGGCUGUGAAAUCCCAUGGUCUGUCUAUUGGUAAGGCAUGAUACAGGUAUAACCCAGAGAUAGCAAGGGCUUUGGAAUAAAUUAAAAGAAGGCAGUUACAUUAAAAAAAGCAGACUUUUCACAUGUUCCAAAGCAGAAAUCUUACAUUGCCCCCAUUACGCCCAAUCAAGAUACAGAGCUUAAUCCUGUAGGAUGUGACACUCACACUUUGCAUCUUGCCUCUGGCACGCUCUGAGUUUUAUCUGCAACGAUCCCUGUCGUAAAGUUAGAUUUUCCACCCAUCAGGCUGAUUUCUGAAUCCUUUUUUUUCCCAGCACAGAGCUGAUCACCUUAAAACAAAAAUCUUACAUUACUAUUGCUCUAAUCGUGUCAUAUUUCUAACCAGAAAAGCAGUGAUUCUCAAUAACAUUACAAGUAUUUGUAUAGUACUUCCAUCCCCACCUCAAGCUGCCCACGUGGUGUAUUUUUAUAGUACUACCAUCUGCAGCGGAAACUGAUUCAGGUGGUUCUAGGUAGGCACCAUCUUUGUGAUUUUAAUCCCUGCCCUAGAUACAGACCCCCCAGAGAUGAGCCCGUCCUUGCAGAUCAGUGGCUCCCUCCAGCAAAUGUGGGAAUACAGAGUGUGAAAAAGAAUGGGUGUUUGUAAAUAUAUCUUAAUCGUAUAUAUCUCUCUGUCUAUAUAUGUAUACGGUCUUUCUAUCCAUGUAUACAUGUUGACUGAAUUGUAAAUACUUUGAAGUGGUUCCUUUGUCAUGUCUUCUAUGAAGGCAGAAUUCGCACCUAUGCAAUGCACAGACACUUUUCAGAGAGAAUAAAUGACAGACCUUUUUAAAGAACUGCUUUGGCUGUGAUUUUCAUAUUCUGCUGUUAAUCUAUAAAAACAAUAAAAUCUAUAAAAAUCAC